AAUUUCUCUGUUGCAGAUCUUUGGCAACUACUACCACUUUUGGCACCGUGGCGUGAUGAAGCGCUCCCUCUCGCCCCAUCAGCCCUGGCACAGCCGCUUGGCCAGGGAACCACAGGUGCAGUGGCUAGAGCAGCAGGUGGCAAAGCGCAGGACCAAACGAGACGUUUUCAUGGAGCCCACAGACCCCAAGUUCCCGCAGCAGUGGUACCUGUACAACACGAACCAGAGGGACCUGAAUGUGCGUCAGGCCUGGGAGCAGGGCUACACGGGCAAGGGCAUCGUGGUGUCCAUCCUGGAUGAUGGCAUCGAGAAGAACCACCCUGACCUGGAGGCCAACUAUGACCCAGGGGCGAGUUUUGAUGUCAAUGACCAGGACCCUGACCCGCAGCCCCGCUACACACAGAUGAAUGAUAACAGACAUGGCACACGCUGCGCCGGGGAAGUGGCUGCUGUGGCAAACAAUGGGAUCUGCGGUGUUGGUGUGGCCUACAAUGCCAGGAUCGGAGGUGUGCGCAUGCUGGAUGGGGAGGUGACUGAUGCUGUGGAGGCCCAUUCCCUGGGCCUCAACCCCAACCACAUCCACAUCUACAGUGCCAGCUGGGGCCCUGAGGAUGACGGCAAGACUGUGGAUGGCCCAGCCCGGCUGGCAGAGGAGGCUUUCUUCCGUGGGGUCAGCCAGGUGAGCCAGAGGGAGCACGACAGCUGCAACUGUGAUGGUUACACCAACAGCAUCUACACGCUGUCCAUCAGCAGCACCACGCAGUAUGGCAACGUGCCCUGGUACAGCGAGGCCUGCUCUUCCACCCUCGCCACCACGUACAGCAGCGGCAACCAGAAUGAGAAGCAAAUAGUGACAACUGACCUCAGACAGAAGUGCACCGAGUUGCACACCGGGACGUCAGCCUCGGCGCCCCUGGCUGCCGGCAUCAUCGCCCUUGCCCUGGAAGCCAACAAAAACCUGACCUGGCGGGACAUGCAGCACCUGGUGGUGCAGACCUCAAAGCCAGCUCACCUCAAUGCCAACGACUGGAUCACCAAUGGCGUUGGCCGCAAAGUCAGCCACUCAUAUGGCUAUGGCCUGCUGGACGCUGGGGCCAUGGUGAGCCUGGCCAAGAACUGGACCACAGUGGGACCUCAGAGGAAGUGUGUCAUUGACAUCCUCACAGAGCCUAGGGACAUUGGGAAGCGCCUGGAGGUGCGGCGGAAGGUGGACGCCUGCCUGGGGAAAGCCAACUACAUCAGCCGGCUGGAGCACGCACAGGCCAGGCUGACGCUGUCCUACAACCGGCGGGGGGACCUGGCCAUCCAUCUGGUCAGCCCCAUGGGCACCCGCUCCACUCUCCUGGCUGCCAGGCCCCACGACUUCUCUGCUGAUGGCUUCAAUGACUGGGCCUUUAUGACAACGCACUCAUGGGAUGAGGAUCCUUCUGGGGAGUGGAUGCUGGAGAUUGAGAACACCAGUGACGCCAACAACUAUGGCACACUGACCAAGUUCACACUUGUGCUAUACGGGACAGCCACUGACUCCCCCAGCCUCUCCAACCAGAUAGAGAGCACUGGCUGCAAGACGCUGACCCCCAGCCAGACCUGUGUGGUCUGCGAGGAAGGGUACUACCUGCACCAGAAGAGUUGCCUGAAGCGCUGCCCUCCCGGCUUCGCACCGGGCGUCCAGAGCACACUCUACAACCUGGAGAACAGCGUGGAGCCCAUCAUGCCCCACCUCUGCCUGCCCUGCCACCCCUCCUGUGCCACCUGCGUGGGGCCCGGCCCCAACCAGUGCCUCACCUGCCCAGCGCACUCCCACUUCAACAGCCUGGACCUCUCCUGCUCCCACCAGACACAGAGCAGCCGUGCGUCCCCUGCUGGCGAGGGGCCAGCUGAGGCCCCUCCUCCGUUCAACCUGCCUGUCCUCAUUGCCAGCCUCAGCUGCAUCCUCAUCGUUGUCAUCUUUGUCGCCAUCUUCCUGGUGCUGCAGGCGCGCUCAGGCUUUAGCCUGCGAGGCGUGAAGGUCUACGCCCUGGACAGCGGGAUCAUCUCCUACAAGGGGCUCCCCUCUGACAUCUGGCAGGAGGAGGGCCCCUCUGAGUCGGACGGUGAGGAUUACGAGGCCCACAGUGAGAGGACUGCCUUCAUCAGAGACCAAAGUGCCCUUUGA